AUGCUUAAAAAGUGCUCUGGUUUGCCAUUAGCUAUCAUUGUGCUUGCUGGGCUUCUUUCUAAGAAACACACCUUAUAUCAGUGGGAGCUGAUGAAAGAAAAUGUAAUUCGCUGCAUAGGUCAAGGUAAUCCACAACAUGAUGAUGACUCAAAAUAUUGUAGUGUUUCUUCGGUCUUAGGAUUAAGUUAUAGCGAAUGUCACGAUAAGACUAAAAGAGUUGUGCCAUAUACUCAUAGCAGAAGGUUUUGUAUCGUUAAGAAAAGGUUCUGUGGAAGCUUUACUUUGAGAGUAUCGCCUCAGAUUGAUAUAAUAAUACCAAAUUCAUUGUGGAAGUUGGAAAAGUUGAGGCAUCUAUAUUUCUCAAAUCUAGUUGGUGGCAUAGAAUUUGGUAAAUUCUUGAGAUCAAUUAAGUCUAGAAAUUUUCAGACAUUGGUAGGUGUUCGUACCAAGGAUCUUUUUUUGAGUGAUAUUCUACAACAGGAGAGUCUCAAAAAAUUACGAAUUUGUGUGGAUAGAAAUUUUGAGACAUUCUUACACAAUCCCCAAACUCUCACAUUCACUCGUCUUUUCUCUUUACAAGUAUAUAAUCCAUCUUACAUCAACAUAAUAGAUAUUGUUCCUUUCUUACUAAGCUGUCCUUGUAUUUAUAAGCUUAGAGUGCAGUCACCUAUAGUAAGAUUACCACAAGACAACCAAUUCUCCCCAAAUCUCAUCAAGUUACAGUUGAGUAAUCGCCAACUUAAGGAUGAUCCAAUGCCAACAUUAGAAAAGCUACCAAAAUUAAGAGUCCUUAGAAUUGACUAUGAUAGCUUUAUGGGAGAAGAGAUGGUGUGCUCAAGAGGAGGUUUCCCUCGACUUGAAUCUCUUCAGCUUACUAUUUUGAAAAACUUAAAAGAGUGGAAAGUGGAAGAGAAUGCAUUGUGUAGACUUGGCUAUUUGCGAAUUGGUUGUUGUUGUAGAUUGACAAGUAUUCCAAAUGGACUAAGAAACAUUAGUACACUCAAUGAGAUGGUCAUAGAGAAUAUGCCUAAGAAAUUCAAAGAAAGGAUGGAGCAAGGAGGAGCGAUUUCUACAAAAUCAACCACGUGCCAUCACGUGUAUUUACCAACUGUGAUGAAGAUUUUGAGGUUGGCUAUAUAUGAAUCUAAGUGGGAGAAUCUGAUAUCAACAUUUGGAGGAUGUGUUUGCCAAUUGCCACUGCCAAUCACCACUAUCUGUUUGUUCAUUUGGAAUAAAAAUGUGUAAUAUUUGGGAUGUGUUUCAAUAUUUUUCCCACAUUUACAAUACAUAUCAAUCAUUUUCAAAACCCAUUUUGUAAACCAUAGAAUGAACUUCUCUUCCAUUAUUCAAUUCCAUCAAACCAACACAAGCUUUAAGCACCAUCGAAAAAGAGAAUUUAUUAUCAGUAAUUUGCAAUUCUUGCAUCAAAGAGAAAUACCUAAUUGUUUCUU